UUCAAUUAAAAAAUAUAUAAUGGAUAUUGAACUUGAUACGCAAGAUAAAAUCAUAAGAAAAAUUGAAGAUAUUAUAGAUAUUCAAAAAGCAAACGGUAAUAUUAAUGCCCGACAAGUUGCGUUUAAGCUACCUUCCGAAACAAAUAGUAGCAUUUCAGCGAAUUUAGGGAAAAGCUUAGAAACUGGUCUGUCAAUAGUUAAGUCAGAACAACUCAAGAAAAAAGAUAGAUCACGACAAAAGUACCAAAAAGAAACGUCCGACGUGAUAUCGUGGCCCAGCGAUUCUGAUAUCACUGUAUUAAGAAUGAAGCUAUGUGCUAAUGAUAUUAAUGAUAAAAUGGAUAAUGUGGCUUUGGGAGAUGGUCUUCACCAACCCCACAGCUCGUCUAUGGUUAAUUUAGCGACACUUAUGUUACAGUCGCAACGUGCGUCUAAGCAUAGUCUUGAUAUUGAAGAAUAUUUAUUACCAUUGACUUCAUGGGAACACGCAAGAGGUUCUACUGCAUGCUGCCAAAAUACAAAAAAACAAAUAACUCAAGCUGUUUCGAAUACAUCAGAUAUGCAUAAAAAAAGAAUUAUUACGAAAAAUAUAUAUCAAGAUGGUGACAUUUCACCUAAAUUUAGUGGCAGCGAUUCUGAUAUUACUACUAAGUCCAAAUUCGCAAGAUUUUUACGUCUAUACUUUUGUCCUUGCUGCACUUGCCUUUAUAAAUUGGAAAUGCAAGAUAAGUAACUACGUUCUCUACAAACUUUUGAAGGAAAAUAUUAGUUGGCGUCUCUUUGUAGAUAAAGUAUAUGAAAACUCUAAUUUCAAUGACAUUAUAAUAUUAUA